UUUUAAAGAGACUCCACAACCAUACCUGAUGAAGAAGAAGAAGAGCUCAAGAGAGAGAGCAAGGAAGAAAAAGAUCAUUUUGAAAAGCCUGAAAGCUGUUUAAAGCUCAAAAAGAAAGCUGUUGCGAUAACCGAAAGAGAGAUUUAGCUUUUUCCCUCUUCCCCUCGCAUCAUGCGUCUAGCUUAGCUUAGUAUCCUUCCAAACUCUCUCUCUCUCUCUCUCUCUCUCUCUCUCUCUCUCUCUCUCUCUGAAACACACUUUCACGCCCCCAUUAAGCAUCCCCAAAAGAAAGACACAAAGCCAAAGAUCAUCCUCGCACCAUAGUUUCUCUCUCAAAAGCAGCGAGAGAGAGAGAGAGAGACAGAGAGAGGUUGGCUUUGGUUCUCGAGCCUUGUACUGUACCCACAUCCAUAAAAUCUCACUAAAGAUAUCGAGGGAAAGAAGCUCUCUCAAACCCCAUGAUAGGAAACAACACCAUCAUUUCUAAUCCCCCAUCAGUCCCUCCUCCUUCUGAUCCAUUCCCUGAUUGCUUAGAGAAUAAUGGCAACACCACCAACAAGAGAAAAAGAAGACCUGCUGGUACUCCAGAUCCAGAUGCAGAGGUGGUGUCGCUGUCCCCGAAAACCCUACUGGAGUCGGACCGGUAUGUGUGCGAGAUCUGCAACCAGGGCUUCCAGAGGGACCAGAACCUGCAGAUGCACCGCCGGCGGCACAAGGUGCCAUGGAAGCUCCUCAAGCGGGAGACGCCGGCAGUGCGGAAGCGGGUCUUCGUCUGUCCCGAGCCGAGCUGCCUCCACCACGACCCAGGCCACGCCCUCGGCGACCUCGUUGGCAUCAAGAAGCACUUCCGCCGGAAGCACAGCAACCACAAGCAGUGGGUGUGUGAGAGGUGCUCGAAGGGAUAUGCAGUUCAAUCAGAUUACAAGGCACAUCUCAAAACUUGUGGGACUAGAGGGCACUCUUGUGACUGUGGCAGGGUUUUCUCAAGGGUUGAGAGCUUCAUCGAGCAUCAGGACUCUUGCAACAUGGGUCGUCUAAGAUCAGACUCACACAAUAAUAACCUGCAGCCUCCAUGCCUGUCUAGGACAGCCUCAAGCCCAAGCCCUUCAAGUGACACCAAUCUCAACACAACUUCUUGGGCAACAACAAGGGCUUUAACAAUGCCCAAGCCAACCAAAGACGCAACCAUCUUCUCGAACCCUAUCGUUAAUAAACCAUCCUCCAAGAAAGAUCAUCCUGAUGACUUGCACAAUCUUGAGCUUCAGCUCUCGACUUCAUCGAACCCCGCCGAAACAAUUUCCGCCAAUCCUUCGAAGAGAGAUGAGAAAUACCCGCCCCAUCUGCAGCUCUCAAUGAGUUCCUCAUGCACUGAUUGUGCUUGUGAAAGAAACGGCGAUGGCAGUCGCAAUCAAUCAACCCAUCAGUUGAGGAUGGCUGUGGCCGAGAAGGCAUAUGCGGAUGAGGCGAGGCAGGCGGCGAGGCGGCAGAUCGAGCUGGCUGAGAGGGAGUUCGCCAACGCGAAGCGGAUGAGGCAGCAAGCGCAGGCCGAGCUAGAGAAAGCCCAUGCACUGAAGGAACAUGCCAGGAAGAAGAUGAGCUCUGCGAUUCUGCAGAUCACAUGCCAAGUCUGCAAGCAAAAGCUCCAAGCAAGGGAGUUGCUGAGGCUAGCUCCAGAUCAUGAGAGCUCUUUGGCGUUGAGUUACAUGUCAUCUGCAAUCACAGAGGGAGAAGUGGAUAAUGAUAUCAAUAGAGUAUGCUAGUGGAUAAAAGAAAAGAAGGUUGGUUUAUAUAGGUCUUUCAUAAUUUCUGGUUGAGUAUAUAAGUUCUUUUAGUUUGAUUGCAUUAGGAGGUGUCUGAGGAGGUAUAAGUUAUGAUUUGAUUUUUUUCAUGGGAGUGUUUUUGUACUAUUAAUUUUUUAUUUAGUUUCCAAUAAAAGUUGUGGUAAUGGGUUUCAAGCA